ACAAACAUAAGAAAAAAACUCAAAUUAUUAAAUAUGUUUGUGUUAAAAACACUUCCGGAAUCUUUGGCUAACUUAACGCAUGACUCAUACAGAAAGCGGUAGACAGCUAACUUAGCAACGUGAAGAGAUCGUGGCACAAAGGGAACAGACUAUGCCUUUCCUGCACGGCUUCAGGAGGAUCGUGUACGAGUACCAGCCGCUGGUGGAUGCUGUGAUGAGUGUCCUGGGAAUAGAAGGAGAAAACCAGCACAGGCAAGAUGAUGAAGAAAGCGUCUCUGGGGCUCUCGUGGAGCUGCUGGACAGGGAGUCUCAGUCUCCCGUCUUCAUGGAGGGAAUCAGUUACUCUCUGUUUCGGGUGGCUGAUCUCGGGUUGGUCAGCGUGGCACAGGUGCUUCUGCGUUACGGGGCUGAUCUCAACUUUGAGGACCCUGUAUCGUACUACAAGCCCUUACACAUCGCAGUGUUGAGGAGCAAGCCAGACAUGGUGCAGAUGUUGAUAUCUCACGGAGCUGAAAUCGAAAAGAGGGACAGGAUUCAUGAAAGCAGCCCUCUUGAUCUGGCCGGUGAGGAGGUGGAUAAGCUGCCGUGUCUGCGUGUGCUUCUGGAUUUGGGUGCUGAUGUGAAUGCAAAAGACAAGAAUGGAAAAACUGCACUGCUUCAUGCUCUGGCCAGCAGUGAUGGACUCACAGUCAACAAUGUGGACAAUAUACAGCUGCUUCUAGAAAGAGGUGCAGAUGUGAACGCCACCACACAGGAUGGCGAGACCCCCAUGUCCUCGCUCACGUUCCUGGUGAAGGAGGCUCUGGACAGCAGUGUGGAGGAUGCGAAGGAGAUCGGGAACUUCUGUACCCGGGUGGCACAUCUUCUGAUCAGCCACGGCGCUGAUCCCAGCUGCUGCUUGAACGCUACCGACGGGGAAGUGUGGGAACAUUCGCUAACCUACACCAGUCUGGAGAACUUCGACUUGCUGUUUCCCCUUACCGCCCUUCUCCUCCAGCACGGCGCUUCCUUCAUCUGCUCUCACCACAGCGCGUCCUACUGGACGGGUCAGCAGUUGAUACUCACGCGUCUCGCUGAAGCUCUCCGGGAAGCUUUAGAUGCUGCCGAGGCAGCUGAUGUUUUGGCUAAAGCUGAAGUGCUGUUGGAUCUGGCCAGGAUCUGCUCUCCAGUCGUUCCUCCCCUCUUCCCCCGGUCACAACUGCCCGUGCUGGACCAGGCCUCUACCCAUCAGCCCCUGCUGGAGCUCUACAGCAGACUAGAGGAGCAAGAAAAGCGGCCGCUGCCACUGAGAUGCCUUUGCAGGAGACUCAUCCGCCGCUGUCUGCGGCCCUGGCCCUUUGAGGAGAAGGUGAAAGCCCUGCCACUGCCAGACAGACUGAAGAACUCGCUGCUCCCAGAGAACAGCUGGAAGGACAGAGCUGGCUGGGGCAGAUUCAAACCUCGACGUUCUCCACGCUGAGAGACAUGGAUUAUGUGUGUGCUUGUAAAUAUGGAGCCCUAAAAGGGAUAGUUCACUCAAAAAUGAAAAUUCUGUCAUUAAUUACUCACCCUCAUGUUGUUUC